GAAGGCACCUGUGAGUAAACAUCUGACUAACAAUGAAGUAGGAGAUCAGUUAACAUCUGACUGUCAAUGAACCAGGAGCUUGAGAAUUCAACAGUUAGUUCACAGCUGACUGACAACAAGCCAGUUACUUAAGAUUAGGCAGCUUUAUUAGUUAGCUAUGAAGCUGCAAUGUCAUCUGUUUGUAUUAGCAGCUCUUUACUUCAGUGCGAGGGCCAGUUUCCCUGAUAGCUAUGACAAAAGGCUACAACAGUUACCUUCUAAACUGUCACAACUGCUGCCUGCUGGGCUUCCACCCUGGCUCGUGACGUUCUAUAGUCCUGUUCAGGCCAUCAGCGGGCAAUGUCUCAGAGACGCUGCAACCUACCAAUCUGGGCUGAAGUCCUUCCAGCCAUGGGCCUUGCAGAUGUUGGACUCCUCGUCUAAGCUUCCCUCUGGACUCAUGCUGGGUCACCUUCACGACCUCGGCAACUUUGAUCAAUGUUUGGCCACGGCUGAUGCACCCUUCCCCUUGCAGUUCUGCCUUGUUGACAUCCACAACUUCUCUGCACCCUUGAGCCUUGUUCAUACUCAAGUGGAAACUACCCUUGGUGGAUUGCCGCUGCUCAUUAAGGAUCCGAAGUUAUCAUUUUGCCUGCCAGCCUCCUGUAUGGACACUGAUGUAGAAAUUCACUUCACCCGUGUCCUAUCUCCGUGGAAUAUCUCUGCGAGAGUCAAACAAUACUCUUGCUCCAAGCUGGAGUCUGUUCCUCUUGACACACUAGACUGGAUGGCAAUUUUGGUGUCUUGUACUAUCUUUCUUCUACUCACAUUCAGUACAGCAUAUGAACUUUGGUAUCCUAGCAAAGCUGAAGAUGAUGCAAGCUGUUGUUUACUGCUCAGUUUCUCGAUGGUGUCUAACUGCCGUCGUCUGCUCUCAACGUCCGACCCUCGUCGCUCCUUUGCCUACCUCGGAGGUCUCAGGUUCCUUUCCAUGGUCUGGGUGAUCCUUGGCCAUCACACACUGUUGAACUUUCUGGUGCCAUCCAUUAACUGGAUAGUUCCUUACAUGGAGAUGCCGAGACCCAUCUUCAGUCCGCUGCAGAAUGCCAUGUUGGCAGUUGACACGUUUCUAGUUAUCACUGGAACACUCAUUGCUUACUUCUUUCUGGAAGAGAUUGGAACUAGAAGACGUUCUUUUAAACUGCUGCCUUUUUACUUUCACAGAAUCAUACGUGUGACUCCGGCGCUGGCUUUGGUUGUUCUCUUGGCUGCCACGUUGUCUUCUCGUAUUGGUAGAGGUCCAUUGUGGCAAACGUUCUACUUAAGACACCAGGAGGAUUGCAGAGCGCAUGGCUGGACUAACCUGCUAUAUCUCAACAAUUAUAUUUAUACUGACAAUCAGUGUGUUUCUUUCACCUGGUAUUUGUGUGUUGACAUGCAUCUUUACUUUUUCUCUCCGCUUGUGCUGUUUCCACUGCUACAUUACAGGAAUUUCUCUAGAAUUGGCUUGCCUCUACUCAUUAUAGCUGCUGUUUCUGUCAAUUUUCUAGUCGCAUUUUACAACAAACUACCUGCUGGAUCGCUUAUAACAAGAGAUUUGAGGACAGCAGACAAUUACCGGCUUGAGUACACAACAACACACACAAGAGCAGCUCCCUGGCUUGUGGGUAUCGGACUAGGAUACAUGCUUCAUCGUCUGAAAGACUUCAAGUUCAAAAUGUCACAAGUGAUGGUGGUCACAGGAUGGGUCUGUGCUGGAGUUCUAGCUAGUGUCAGUGUUGUCGGAGUGUCAUACUUUCACCAGGACUAUCAGAUGUUGCAUUACAACCCUCUACAAUCCGCCUUGUACAUCAGUCUACACAGGGUGUGCUGGGCUGUAGCCGUGGCUUGGCUCAUAUUUGCUUGUGAAACUGACAAUGCAGGUCUCUUAAGAAGUUUUCUGGCCAGCAGAUUAUUCCAGCCUUUGGGAAGGCUUGCAUUCAGUCUUUACAUGGUUCACGGAGGGAUACAAUAUGCAAUGGUGGCGUCUCAACAAGCGCCACAAUAUUUCAGCUCUUUGUAUAUGGCUCGAGAUGUCUUGGGUGAGCUAAUGUUGUCGAUAGGUCAAGCUGUUCUCUUGAGUUUGAGUGUGGAAGCUCCUUUCAUCAGACUUGAAAAAGCUUUCUUCCAAAAAGCAGUAGCAAAGGAUUCUUUCAGUUUAAAUAACAAGGAAACAAAGAGAACAAGGUGUAUGAUUGAGGAUAAAGCAUAGUAAAGUAGUGAAAAUAAUGAAGCAACCAACUGUGAUGACUAUGACUAUACUGUAGAUUGUGAACUGGACAGGGCUAUACGGGUCCUGGUAUUAUCUUCUGUUCAUGGAACAAAUAACAGUACACUCCAAUCAUGUAUAUUUUGUAUUAAAUAUGAUUUUGUACAUUAAA